AUGCUACAGAGUUGGAGAGAACAGUAUGAGAAGAUUGAACAGGUAUUGAAUACAACUAGUGAGACAGAGAUAUUGGCUGCAUUGAUGGAUCGUGUGGGCGAGGGACCGGAUAGACAUGCUGAUGUGACAGUGGCAUUGUUGUACGCCGUGUUGGUGUACGGUCACAAUCAAUUCUGGAAGUACUUGACAAUCGUCACCAAGGAUUCACUACAAUUCUGCUGUCAGCAACUGAAGAAACUGAUCAAUGAUCGCUUUCAAAAGCUGAACGACUUCCCUCGCGCACAACUACUCUGGCUGCUGUCUGAGCUAAUCUCUGCCAAUCACCACGACAGUGAGGCCAUAGCCGCACUCCUAAUGCGACACAUCUACAGUGGCAACACCACGCCCAAGAACAUUACACUGGCCACCAACCUCCUUUCAAUCAUAUCAACAAACAAGACAUGGCUAUACAAUCGCUCGAUGUUUAUACCGACAGCACUUUAUACAUUCCUGCGCUUGUUGCAGGACCACUUGAAGCCACAGUUCAAUUCGCUGCGCGAAGCAGAGACCACAUUCUGCCUCGAUCUGCUCAGGAACAAGUUCAACGAAUCAAUCACGAUUGGCAGGGACCUGGUACGUGUGCUACACUACCUCUCGACGUGCAAGCUGCCCGAGUUUGAGCAGCUUUGGAAGGACCUCAACACCAAGCCGGCAUCAUUCUCCAGUUCGUUUGCCGACUUGUCUAGUAUCAUGCGCAUCCCGACGCCCAAGCACCACCUGCAGUUCCGUCUAUCGCCCGAGAUGGAGACACAGGUGCUGUUCAUCCUGAAGGAGGUGCGCUUUGGCUACCAGAAGCGCUACCAGCAGUGGUUCGUCACCAAGCAUCUCCCCACGCCCGAGUCUGAGUCACUCAUUCCCGACCUGAUCCGAUACAUCUGUUGCUGCUACCACCCGCCCAACCACGUGCUCUGCAGCGACAUUGUGCCGCGCUGGGCCAUCAUUGGCUGGCUGCUCAAGCAUUGCAAGGACCAGUGGCGACUCUAUGCCAAGCAGGCAUUGUUUUACGAUUGGCUCUACUAUGAUGGCAAGCUCGAUUCGAUCAUGAAUAUCGAGCCGGCACUGUUGCUGAUGGCCUGCUCAAUCAAGAAGUACUCAGACAUGACUGUAGACCUUGUCGAGUUUAUCCUCUAUCUCUUGGAGAAUCAUGACAAGAGCAGGAAGGAUAUGAUCAAGAAUGGUAUCAACACUGCAUUCGCCAACACAUUGGACAAGAGUGUUGUGCCCUCAUUGGAACCAAUAUUCUCAACAGAGUGUCUGAGUCCUGCAUUGUAUGAUAAGGUCAAGGUGUAUUUCUCACAUUUCAUGGCAGGAGGUCCACAACAUCACCCUCAUCCUCCUGCUGGUGGAGUACCACCUCAACAACAGCAGCCACCGCAACCACAACAAUCACCUCAGAGACCGACACCUGCUCCAGGGCAGUUCAAGCCCCAUUCUCUUGGCUCCUCACCUCAGUUUGGCAGCAGUCAUCAGAUGCCGCUUGGUCAUUUGAAGCAAUCACCAUUGAUUCAAUCACAGCAAAACAUCUCACAGCAACAGCAACUUCCAGUCAAUCCACCACCACAAUCAUUGAAGCUUGAGGAUGGCCAACACCAGCAACAGCUAAUCAACAAGGAGAAGGAUGAGAAGGAGGACGUGCAGAUGAAGGAGGUGGGUGCUCCGAUCCCCACAGCAGCAGUGGCAGCACAGUCGACAACACCUGUAACCGCCCAAACACCGAUCUCACACUCUCUACCAUCAAGCAAGCCUGCGACUCCAUCACUGAGAAGCUCUGCGACUACACCUCUCUCUCACACUCCUCUCACCUCGUCCACCUCCACAACUCCAAACCUUUCAUCUCAGAACAUUGGCAGCAGUAGUACCACUGCCCCACCCACACAGCAACAGCAAGGGCAAGGACAAGAUUUGUCCGCGAGCACGACGACCACGACAACGACGAACAAAAGAGAUAGAGAACAGAGGGAUAGAGAGAAUAGCGAACAUUCUCAAUCACAACAGCAAUCCAAAGAUGACACUGCACACCCAUCGAUUACAAAGAAGCAUGAUCACACUCCUACAACACCGACAUCAGCAUCGACCGCGGCUGCCUCAUCCUCCACAUCAUUCCCUGGCAAACCAACUCCCCUCUCACUUUCCUCGCAAUCACUGCCGGCCAACCCGCCAGCUCCAUCCCCCAGCCAGCAUCAACCGAUGGAGAUUGUGCAGGACCAUCAACCGCCUGCCAAGUCUGCCACGACCAAUACCACUCCUCAAUCACAGGUACCAACACACCCACACCCACAGCCACAGACCCAGACACAGACACAGACAUCAAUGACCAAUGAAUCGACGACCACAACAGAUGAUGACAAGAUGGUGAUAUCAAGCGAACAAACUGAGAACAUUACAAUUGACGAGGAGUGUCGCGUAGACGUUCCCGACAUCUUGCUGACCACUGGCAACUCAAAGGCUGACUACCAGCCGAUCAACCUCAGCUCCACACUCAAGUCAAUCCUCACCAACUUUGCCCAGCAGAUGGCCAAGCUCAAAGACAACUCAGCCGCACAGAACGAGCUGACCACGGCACUCUCUAGCUAUCUAAACACAGCGUUCAAGCCACAGUUCUCAGACACACUCUCUCCCCUAUCCCUAUUCACCAGCUUCCAGCCCAUCCAUCAUCUGUUCAAGGCAUGCUCAGCGAGUCCGCAACAGCAUCAUCAACCACCACACACUAGCGAAGCCAUGAUGAGCUUGCUCAAGGAGAUGUACAAGUUGGAGCCAGCAAUCAGUUACAAUCUGCUGAUAUGGCAGAUAGUGACAUCCUAUGGUGGACUGACACUGAGCACCAACUCAAACAGCUACCUCUAUCCAGACAUUGACAACACUUCACUCUUGUUUGAACACACGACUACAUCAACGCCGCCAGCGAGCAAUGGAAUCAUUGUGGACACGAUGUCCAUGGGUGCGGGCGCAGCAGCGGCCGCCGACAAUGAGGAGGAGUUGUACAAAGUGGAGAAGUUGGUCGAGUCCGUCACCGAUCUCAAUCCUGCCACCAAGAACAUCCUAUCCGUCUACCAAAAGUUUAUCAACUAUCUUCACACUGGCAACAGCAGCAUCAGCAGUAGCAGUGGCAACCUCAACAACAGCAACAACAACAGCUACAUGAUCGAACAUAUUAUUACCGAUUGCAAACGACUGCAAGACGAGCAAAGCCUCAUGUUCUACGUGCUGCCAACACUGUACAGAUACAUGCCAUCGUUCACGAUUGGCAACAGCGAGCUGAUGAUGCUGGUUCUCGACUACAUCGACCCCAAACAGCUGUAUCGAUUGUGCAACAAGUUGGCGAUGGGCGAGUUCAGGAUGUUUGGCAACGCCUCGCUGGCGCUGGUCGACCACGCCUUCCACCUGGAGUCCUUUGAGCAAACGUACGUGUGGCAGCUGCUGCUGGCCGAAGACCGCGCGCAGCACACCCUGCUACUCAAGGUGUUCCCGGUCAUUGCGCAUCGACUGGACCCGCUGGCACACAGCGAGAUACUGCUACAGCUGUCGGUCGGUCUCAAAGAGACCAAUGCCAACAGCAAGAUGCUGUCCGAGUUGAUCUCACUGUCGCCACACUUCCACCCAUUCUCACUGGGCGUCUUUGCCACGUGGCAACAGCGACAAACGGCCAACUUUACAUCUACCGUCUACGAUCUGAUUUCAGCCAACACCAAUGAUAAGCGACUACUCGAGAGGAUACUCUACUUCUACAACCUGUACUUUAAGAAAUAUACACAUCACGCUGGAGAUCACUCUGGCAACAAGAAUACAACUGGAUCUGGAACUGGAACUACUGGAUCAGGAUCAGGGUCAGGUGGAAGUGGAGCAGGCACCAACAACAAAGAUCAUCAACAUAUUAACGAAGGACUGAACAACAUUGAUUUGAACGAUCGUAUCGUCCGUAUAUUCAAGUCCAACAAUACUUUCCAACAAAAGUACUCGACACUCUUCCAACACCUAGUUCUCACGCCAACUCCACUGUCCUCUCCACUCCUGGACGGUGACAAUCCAAAGAAGAAGCUAAAGAAAUAA